AUGUCUUCUGUAGCGGCAGCUCCCGAAACGUCUACAGCAGCUGGUAACCCCGGAGACUCGGCAAAUCUUCCGAGGGACGAUUCUCCGAACACUGUAUCGGACGAGAAUCCUGACACCCCGGAACCCGAGCGCUCGGAUGAGGGCACAAUCGUAUAUGAUAUCAUGGCAGCAGGAUUUGCAUCGAUACAAAGUCGACAACAGAAAUACCAAGAUAUGGAUGAAAGUGCGCGAGUCAAACAGGAGAAGCAAGCGAUCAACAAUUGUGCCGUAGUCAGCUUUGUCGAUCCAUCAUCUUCCCCUGGUAAUUUUGUAGCGGCCUCUGGGAAGCAGAUUCCUGGAAAUGUCUCACUGGAGCUUUACAAAAAAGUGGAAGUCAUUCUUCAACGCGAUUAUGCUUCCCGAUUGACUUAUGUUCAAUAUCAGCACUUUCGCAGCGGAGCGAACGGCAUGAUUGAGAGUUUGCCAAUUCGGCCAAUCCUAAGUCUCGGAGGCCUUGCUUUGACUACAAACGCCCCUUGGGACGAUACAAGUAGCACUACUCUGGAUCCGCAGGAUCCAACGGAAUGGCACAAUGCUCCUUAUUGUCAUAUUUACCUCGCAGGAUGUGAGAGUUUGGAGGAUUACCGGAAUAAAGUCAAGCCUUCCCUCAAAGCGUUUGUCAGUCAGCUAAAUGCUUUAGCCAUCGAACAGAAAAAAGCUUCGGGUUCUGAAAGCCCUUCUUCUCGCAAAGAAAACACGUCGCAUUAUGUUAUUGUUUUCGUCCCGACGGGUUCAAAUAUGGAUGAGACUCUCCGUCCGGCAGCUCGUGUCGGCGCUGCAUUAUCGAGAUUUUCCGCGCGCAGUCGUAAGGUAACGUCCUCUGCGGGCUCCGAGAUGCAGGCCGAAUCGGCUCACAGUGGCGGUGCUGAUAGCUCAGAUAUGGGCAGUGAACCGGAUCUGGAGACUAUGGAACUGGGAAGCCAGCAGGUAUCUUCCAUUGCAAACCACUUGUCCAAAGUCGACCGAGAAAUUGCAAGACGCUUCGUCCUGGACUUUCCACAUGGCAAGAUUUGUACGUUGAGUACCUUAAUAGCAGAGGGUCAUGACGAAGUCGACGAUCGGCGCAAGCUUGAGUGGAGCGCUUUCAUGAAGGCUAUGGGGUCCUCGAUUGCCGAAGGUUUUGCAGAACGCUGCCGACGGUAUGAUGAGUAUCUCCGCAAGGUUGAUUCUGAACGUGCUUUGUCGUCGCAGAAAGCGAAGACAGGCAAAGGUUUUGAUCUGACGCAUUUUUUUCUAGUGAAAGAGAGCUACGCAAUAUCGUAUGAACAAAUGCAACUGGUUUCGGAGGCUCUCCUCCAGUACAACGAACUUCGAGCGUUCAUUCCUGAUAUAAAAUCAACGGAAAUCCAAAAUUCAAAGGACAAUCCAGCGACAAGCAAUCGUGAAAUGAAACUACUGGAGAACUACGCAUUAGCCGGACGACCUCUCGCAUUUCGCCGCAUGUUCCGAACACACUUGGAACUCGAUGCGGUUGCUCCUGUGCUAGAACAGUAUGUGUUUUCCCGUGAAGUAGCUUUGUUGUUCAAAAUUGGGGACCCCGUGGCAGUUGUAGAGAGGUCAUUGGCGUUCGUGAAUGCUAUGUUUCAGUUCAAAGGCCGGCAGGUCGCAGCGUGUGAUGGUGAAGAACAGCAUCUUCGGAGAAUUGAUACAGAGCGAUGGGCUUUUGGAUUUUGUUGGGACCUUAAAAGAGCGUCACAGAAUUUGCUAGUUCUCGACUCCACAGUCCCGACAACUGACCAAUCUAGUGCGGAAGGUACAAGAUUUGCGCGCCAAAUUUGCAGUCUGUUAGAAUUUGCGCGAGCUAGACUACUCCACUUACGCCGAUUAGAGCUGGUUAAGGUAGUGGAAAAACGAACCGAUUCAAUCGUUUUCCCUAAUGCUCUGGAAUGGAAACCAUACCAAGUCCCUAACUCACCCAUUUCGAUUUCAUUAAGCGACGAACCCUUACCUGAACUAGCGAAGGACUUUCUUGAGCAGUGCCUUGUGUCGGCGACCAACUUCGAUAAGAAUUACCUCGGAUUCAUGUACACGCUGGUAGCUGCAAAUCAAAUGGCUCGGCGACAUCGAACCGCCGCUCGGAGAAGACAAGAGAUUGCAGAGAUUCUUUUGCAAAGAGGAGACAAAACACAUGCCGCGCGAGCGUUCAAGAUUAUCGCUGACAGUUUUUCAAAUGAUAAUUGGGAUGGGUCCUCGUUCGUCUUUCUGUUUGGACUGGCUGUUAUUCAACGAGACUUGUGCACUCCAGAAGAGUAUCUUCGAACGUUAAUAAGAUGCUUCAGCCAUCGUUCUUCUUCUAUUGCCCCCAUAGAAGCCCUGAACGUCCUUCAAGAAGACAUGGUUGGAAUCAUUACGAGGAGGGUGGACUCGACGUCUGAUUCGUUCGGGUAUACGACCACAGCACCAAGCAUGUUCAGUACAGUGAUGACUUUCGUUGAUGCAGACUCCCUGGCUACGAGUAAGAGUGAAGACAAGCUUAACAAGAGGCUGGUCAAUGUUGGUGAGACAACAAGUGUCUUUGUCGCUCUACGAAGCUUCUUGCCACAUGAAAUUCGAGUCGACAAUGUUUCGCUCGACAUAGUGCAAUUUAAGACAUAUGUCUCGGCAGUCGAGGAUGCAGUGGCGCUAAAAAGCAAAGAUGCAUUUAAAAUUCUGAAUCUUGGACCUACCUGUCUUUCUUCAGGAACGAACAAUUUAAGGUUCGAUUGGCUGCCUUUGGCUUCCGGUCAAUUCAUUGCCGCUUCUGUCACAAUUCAUUGGAUGGGGGUCAAGUUUGCGUACCCUGCCAACAAAAUCUUAAAGCCGACGUUGCGCGUUGAUGUUGUUCCCUGUCAACCAUCGCAAUCAAUUAAUUGUACCCCAACCUUCCUGCUUCCUGGUCACGAACAGGUUCUUCGAAUUGGUUUUAACACAGGCUCGGAUGUCGUCAAAGCGGGUACUUUACAGUUGAUCGGAUCACCAGGCCUAUCAUUUAUUCCGCUGGACCAGAAUCCUGAUACGGACAAGUGGGUGUCAUCGUGUUCGUUGCCUAUCCCCCACUCUUCCUCCAACGAGACACUCAGUUUCAGUGUACUUGUAAGGUCAUCUCCGAUUGACAAGCUUUCUUCUGGUGUGUCGCCACAGUCGCUGCAUGUCAAACUUACUACCUCCUUUGAGAUAGCGCGUCCGGACUCUCUCCAGCAGGAAAAUCCUCUACCAAAUGAGAUCUCAAUCAUGCCGAAUUCUUUGGAGAAUAUUAUAAUGGCUCUUGGUGAGGCACCUUUGGCACUUCUAGGCGCUCAUUUCGAUCUGCCCCAUGGUGACACGGGGAUACUGAAUAUCUCCGUUAAAAGCCAUGUACCAGAGCUCCUGACCAUCAAAAAGUGGUCGUUAAAAAUGCCCGACUCCCUGACAUUAGUACCAAAUGGGGACUUAAACAGUGGACAACUGAAUCAGCAGGUUUGCAACGGUGACACACUAGCAUUCGGAUUCCUCUGUCAGUCCUCUUCAUCACAAUUCCCUGUUUCUGGUCAAAACGGUCACUUUUCACUUUCAAUCGAGCUUGAUGAUCAAUCCGGCACAGCAUUCGUUGAGAAUCUGGAAUUCUUCUUGAAACCAAUUGCAUUCCCAGCUCAUUCGAUAAUACUACCUGUAUCGAUAUCGGUCCGUGCCUCGAAACACAAUGGAGUUGUUGGUUCUCGUAUUAGCCUAUUUUACAGCGUUGAUGAGAACGAUCUGUUGUUGUGUGAACAUGAUGUCUUCUAUGCAGUUGACACGGAGAGCAUAGACUGGAUUGUAUGCGGCAAAACGGAAGGGAUACUCAAGGUAGAGGGUGGAAGAUCACUGGAUUUUUCAGUUGAAGCUAUACCGACGCGACCGGGUAGUAUUGCGUCGUAUCCCCACGUCACUCUUCGUUUGAACUCCAAAACGAUGGACGACAUCAGCACUUUUUUCCAGGUAUCUCUGGUUGGGGACUCUGAAUUCAAAGCAACGAGCCCAGCUAUCUAUCCUUGUGUUGCGUUUAUGUCGAGCAAAAAGAAUUUAACUACAAUAUAGCUACAACUUACUUUGAUCU